GACAAGGUGCAGGAUGAUGUCCUGGAGGCCUUCGAGCGCUGGCGUCGGACUGCUGAUGGAGAGCACCACGGGAUCAAGUACCGCCUGAAGACCAUGUUCUUCUCGAGGCAGGCAAACGACGCGGGACCGUUUCAGCCUUUGCUGGACUUGUUUAUGGAAGGUCUGACAACGGCCAUUCGCAGCGGCAUUCCGUCCACUUUGCGUGGCACAGUCUGGUUUUUGUGCAGCGGUGGUCUGAGCAAGAGGCGGCAGAGUUCAAAAUCUUACGAGGACCUAGUGCGGGAGGGCCACUGUGCAAAGAACACGGUGGCUGCGCGAACGAUUGCCAACGACCUUCCGCGAACAGGGUGCGAGGAGAAUCUGAUCUCGCCCUUGGAGAAUGUGCUCCUAGCAUAUGCAGUGCGGAAUCCAGUCAUCGGGUAUUGCCAGUCUAUGAACUUUAUCGUUGCUACCUUUCUGCUGUACUGCUGCGAAGAGCAUGCAUUUUGGAUGCUGUGCAGCGUGAUUGAAGAGAUCAUGCCGGUCGGAUACUAUACCGAAGACCUUCGCGGGUUGCGCUCUGAUCUACACGUUUUCAACUGGUGUAUCGAGCAAUACUUGCCGCAGCUCUACCAGCACUUUUGCAGGAACGCCAUCGACGCGGCCCCGAUUUUCAUGAACUGGUUCCUAUGCCUUUUCGUUAACACGCUGCCCCCCGAGCAUGCGCAUCGAGCUCUGGACUGCACGCUGCACGAGGGUCACAAGGCGCUCUUCCGCAUAGGACUUUCGAUCCUGGCCCUUCGGCAGAAGGAACUGCUCAGCACCACCAACGUGGUCGAGGCCUACUCCUUUCUUCGCCAGCCCUUUGGAGAGAUGCAGCGGGCCCCCAGUGAAGAGCUGAACUUCGUGGAGAUCACCCCCAAGCAGAUGCUUGAUGCUGCCUAUGGCCCACUGUUCAAGAACUUCAGGUCGGCGCAGAUCGCGAAGAUUCGGGAGAUGUGCGUCGCGCGGGUCCAAGCAGAGGAUGAGCAGGCUGCUGCCAGAAAGAAGGCGUGGGCAGCCCAGAACGCCAAACCGGCGACUGAGGAGCCCACAGUGAGUCGACACUUUAGGUUAGGGUUCAGGUAG